AUGCCUUUGGCCGUUGACCUGCUUCACCCAGAGCCACAAAGGGAGAUCAGACGCCACAAGCUCAAGCGUCUCGUUCAACACCCAAACUCCUACUUCAUGGACGUCAAGUGCUCGGGAUGCUUCAAGAUUUCGACCGUCUUCUCGCACGCCACGACCGUCGUUGUCUGCGUUGGAUGCAACACCGUCCUCUGCCAGCCAACCCGAGGAAAGGCUAAGCUCACCGAGGGAUGCUCCUUCCGCAAGAAGCAAUAA